AUGAAUAGAAUCCAAGAGUCAAAAGUAUUACUUGAUGAAACAAGAAAAAGAUUAAAAGAAGAAAGAGACAAAAGACAGAAAAAAUUGGAAGAAGUAAUUGAAAUAGAAGAAGAAAUGGAUAGAUUAAUGAAAUAUGAAAAGAGUUUAGAAGAGCGGAUUAGUACGGAAAUUACAGAAUUAAUGUCUUUAGACACGCAAUUCGAAGACGGAAAAGGGAUAGAAGAAGUAAUUGAAAAAAUAAAAGAAAUAAAGAAAAUGAAGAACGAAUUCGUAGAAGAAAGGAAAGUUACGACUAGAGGGAUAGCAAAAUUCUUAAGAAAUAGAUGGGAUGAAAGGGAGCAAGAAUUAAACAAAAGAAUAGAAGAUUUACAGGAAAAGGAAGAUGCGUUAUUUGAUAAAAAACGAAGAAUUUUUUGGAAAUUAUACGGACAAGGGGUAAAACUUGAAAUGACUGAAGAAUUAAUGGAAAGAAUUCAAACGUUAACAGAAAUAAUUGAUGAAUCGGAUUUCGAAGGAGACUUUUAUGAAUGGGUAUUGAAUCAAGAGGAAAGAAAAAGAAAAAGUUGUGAUUUUAGAGUUGAAGAAAAAAGUACACAUGAACAACAAUUAAAAGAAAGGAAUAAAAGGUUGAAAGAAAAAGAAAAAGGAUUAUGUCCUUUAAACGGAAAGGAGUGUACAGACUCAGAACAAGAAGAAAGCAGUAAGAACGCGGAAAAAUGGGAAAAUUUGACAGAAAGUUACAACAGAAAGAAUGUCAGAUCAAAUACGAAACUAUGCAAAGAAUGUAUAGGACCAAUGGAAAAGGAACGAAAUGAAGAGUAUUGUAAAGAAUGUAUAACGAAAGGAAACUAUGGUCAGAAGUUAUUUCAGAAAGAAGUAAAGAGAAGGAAACCUUACGAAAUGAACAGGGAUAAAGAAAUUGUAGAAAAUAAAGUAAUCAUAACAAGGAUUAUCGAAGUAAAGAAAUGCGAAGAAUGUAAAGAAAAUCUACCAGAAUCAGGAAUAUGUCCAAAAUGUGUAAACAAUGAUACAAAAAUCUUAAUUUAUAAAACAUGUAGUAAUUUUUGGGUACCAGGAAGAAACAACCGAGUAUGGAAUGUAAAGUGUGCAUAUAUGGAUGAUAGAUCAAGAAUAGCGGAAGCAACAGGAAAAGAAGUGAAUGAUUUAUACGAGGCAAUGAAACGAAGGCCUUUAGAUCCACCAAAUCAGGCAUACAAACGAUAUAAGGAAGCAGGAUUUACAAAACCAGAAGGAAGCAUUAGCGGACAACAUCGAAAAUAUACAGGAAACAAUAAUGACGACAAAAACCCAGAAAAAUGUAUUUGCUUUAUGAAAAAAAGAGCUGGAAACUAUUUAGCUUUAAUAUGUUAUCACCAUAAACAUGCAGUAAAAAAAAGAAGAAAAACAUUGAAAGAAGGAAAUUCCAAGUAUAAAGGAAAAAGGAAUAGUCAAAGAAGAAUACCCAGACUUAUGCGAAGAAUAUGA